CUCUGCUAUUAUGUAUAUUCAUAAGAAUGGAAUAAUACACAGAGACAUCAGUGCUAACAACAUUAUGUUAGACGUGUACAAAGGUGCACAAGUAAUUGAUUUCGGUCUGUCCACAUACGAACGAAACCCAACAAAGUUUUGUGGAACUUUAUCAUUUCUUUGUCCGGAAAUUCUACAGAGGAAGCCUUACGAUUCCUAUUGUGACUGGUGGGCGUUCGCCAUCGUAUUAUUUCAAGCGUUGGUUGGAACAACACCUCUGCAAAUUUAUGUAAAAGAAGCAUUUAAUAUUGAUAAUGUGUAUUUAUUGCCCCGUUACUACUGGAUAAGAGUUGCUGUAGCUGCUGUAAAUGUGCCGGUGUCCUAUCCUGCUACAUUAUCGGAUGAUGCCAAACAUUUUAUUAACGAUUUAUUGCAAAAGGACCCAUACAGACGUCCUCUAGAAGCAGAUAUUCUGAAACACAAGUAUUUUAAUGAAGUGCCUUGAUCCGUAAUUACUGGGUUUUGAACCGAAGAGAUUCCAAAUAGAGUUAUAAAAUAAAGAACUAUUGAAUAAAGAAUUUCUUCAAUUUCAUUUGGCUUUCAUUUGGCCAAAGUUUUUUCUUUUUAAUUUUAAUUUUAAGUGAAUC